AGACAUCUAAUGUCUGCAUUUACAUGCAAGAUGUAUUUUAAGAGUGCUUGCUCAUCAGCAGUACAUCUCUAAUAAAAUGUUUCCUGUCCGAUGUCAAAUAGACAUUUAUUAGAAUGCAUGUAAAACUGCUUCUGAGACCUUCAUCAGAUUACACAGCAGAUGAUUCCCAGAUCUUUAGCAGGCGUCUUAAUAUAUUACAUCUGCUAAAAUGUACUUUAAUUCUUGUCAUUCAUAAUGUCUAAAUAUAAUUUAAUGAAUACAAAAAUAUAUAGGCUAUAUUAGGGAGUUGUGUCUCCGUCUCGAGCAGAUAAACUUAGUAGAGCGGAUUUGUUCCACUUUUGGUUUGUUUAUCCAAUGUAUCUCUUGUAAAACGGUCCUGAUAAGAACACAAGUCCUUUCUUUGACUGAAUGUGCAUUGCUUCUAAGUCCAGAUUCUGCAGAAAUUUGCGAAAAUUGGUCCAAAAACGUGCAUUUCCCCAUGUUUUAAUUAGUGAAUGGAAGUGAGCUCUCGUUCAUGUUCGGCAGCAGGCCAGCCUGUUUCAGCGCAUGCGCGAACGAACACCUCGCACGAUAUCGCUCAGGUCAUACUCUCAACAUAUAAAGAAAUCCACACAAAUUUUUCAAAAAAGGCCUGCACUUAACACAAAUUGAAAAUGUAUCUGAAAAAAAAAUUGGGCGCGAAAAUUUGGUACCUCGUCAGAGGAUGUUUAUUACUUUUUAAUGCCCUUAAUUUUGGCUUAUUUAAUUUACUACCUUUUACAACCCCGCGGACACCUGUUCAUUCUCAACUUCACUGUUGGAUUAAGACCUACCCGACAAGGGUUUACGUGAAUGAUCACAAAUGUGAGUAAUGACACAUUUUAGUUUUUUGUAUGUUUUUUGUAUUUUACUAUUUAAGCAUGUACCUUAAGCUAAAAGUUGAAUUUACAUGUCUAUGUUCAAUUCCGUGUCAGAGCACAUGCACAGAGAGCCUCCUGAGGUUCAAAUUAAGUUUUAAAUACACAGAUAAAUCUAAUAAACUUUAGUAAACCAGGCUAAUCCCAUUUUGUGAACUUUACUGAUUUGCAUUGAAGUUUGGGCAUUUAUGGAAGAGUGAAAGCGCAAAUUGCUGGAGACAAAAAUGUAUUAAUUUCACAUCUCUUUUUAAUAAAGUAUAAUUAAUGUAUAUAAUUUAAACAAAUGUGAAUGUCAAAAAGGGGUUUCCAGUUAACAGCCAUUAUGACUUGAACUUUUCUCCCAUUUUAGUUAAUUGGAUGCUGCUAAUUCAAUCUAUAACGGAUGCUUUCUUAGGGAAAAUCCUUUGGAAUGAAGUAUGGCAACUCUUUAGUCCUACAGAAAUCAAACCAGUCCUGGAUAAUAUAACUGUAGCUCAACUUGGGUCUCACUGUAAAAACAAAUGAUAUACUACAGAAAAACUGCUAGAUGUGACAAAACUAAUAAUCAAAACUUAGCUGAAUCAUUUCUUUAUUUUGUGUUCCUCAAACUUAAUUUUGGGUCUGAAUGGGUUAAGAUUGGGGGGGUGGGCUACAGAAAGGGAAGAGAGGCUCUGCUCAGGAAACAUAUGGAACAAAUCUUCAGGUUGGCCUGAUUCGCUGCUGCCACGUCUUGCAUACCGGCGUCUCCAAAAAAAAAAAAAAAACCUCACAACAGGUUUGGAUCAUUUAGGAUCGCUGAGCCCCAGAAAACACCUGAGGGAUUCAGACACAGAUUUAAAAUGGUUUAAAGCUACACCAAUACAUCACAAUCAGCGUAAACCCUGAUAUGAUAUUAUCAGAGAUUACUGUAGUUCGAUGCUUCAGAUGCAAUGUUUUUAUUGAGCUUUUAAUAAACCUUAGCCUCUCAAAGAGCACAUGAGGAUGAAUUCUUGCAAACGCAAAGGUGGCUUGUGUAAAAUGUGAGCACAUAACUAUAAAGAACUGAUCUUUUUUUACACACACCUCAUGCUUUUCCCCCCAUCCGAUUUCCCUCCAGAGUAAAUGCCUUCGAACUAAGACAGAAAACAACCGCCCAGCUUGUUUUUAUCAGCCUUUUUCAAGAGGGCCACCAGACCACUUCCCUCCUCUGGAACAUUUUCCAAAGAAAUAAACACUGUUUUGUUCAGACACACAUUUGUGCAUUCCGUUUUUUUAUCUUUUUUUUUAUUUUAAGGUUCAAAUGGUCCAUAAACUAUAAAUCAUGGUCCUUGCACGCAGGUAAAACUAUGACAAAUGGUGUUUACACCAAGACUACUUUUGUGUCAGUCAACAGUAAAACAUUUAACUGGAAAAAUAUGUCGUUAAAACGCAAAUCUGAUUGCAAACGUCUAUUCGCACUUCCUAGUCAAUAAAGCACAGGUGUGACAAUUAAAAUGCAAUGCAUGUGUUCAUUUGCAUAUUCCCCAGAAGCAAUAGUCCAAAUAUUUGCACACUGCUAAAAAGCGUUGCCCAUGCUUGUGUAGAAUGCAUGCAACUACUCAUCUAUAUUAAAGUCACAUUAUGACAAUAAAUAAACUAGGCAACAUUUCUCAAAGACCGAAAAAUUUGGCUUGCACAACACAUUUUGUUCAGUUUUCACCCCCUUCCUCACAAAAACGGCCCAAAAGAACCUCUUGGGAUCCCAAUCCUUUUUUUUUUUUUUUUUACCCGCAGUAGCAUUCAUGAUGCAGAGACUUCUCAGUGUCUGUCAUGUGGGCGGCAGCAAAAACAAAUCUUCCAGCUGACAGAAUGAGUGCUAAGGGGUCUGUCUUGCCAACUCUGAAAAAAACCCUCUGUAGAUGGCUCAUGAGAGACCGUCUGUGGUCUCAGAUACAGUACAAGCACUGGAAAAAGUUGUCAUGUUGCAGAAGGCCUCCAUAUAGUGAGCUAGAAAUGUCUAAACCAAUUAAAUUGAACCCACUUAAUCAAUGCCAAUGCAUUUUAGGCCAUCGUCCUUCUCACUUAAUAAAUAUGUUGGAGGAACACUGGCUAGUUCGGGUUACAGUAUAUAGUAUAAUAUUUAUUAUGUAGAGUUAAUAUCACAGUUUAAAUCUUGCAUAACAUUAGCUGCACUAGUGCAACACCUGUCAAAGAGUCUGGCCUUAAUUUAGUGGGUUACAUUUUUACUGUCCACAUGCAAUAAUGUGGACUGGCUACUCCGCUACUCCUUCCAGAACUAUGUCUGGAAACUUCAACCUCACCUCAUCUCAACAAAAGGGGAAAAGAGGAAUCAGAUGAGACCACGAGGCUUUCCUGAGGUCACCGAACACAUGCAACCAAACGCUUCCAGAACCACUUCCACAGUAAAAGAGGCAGAUCUCAAUCUCUCCCGAAACGCCUAAUGCUGCCGCGGGGGAAACCACAGAGGUAAAUCUUUCACGCUCGUCCCAGGAGAAAAAACAUUUCCCCGCUUUAGGCAACAUCGGUCAAGCUGAAGGGGUCCCCUGCUGCUGGGUUUCAUCUUUCACAAUCUCACUCGAAAAACAACCCCACAGGUAUGACAACAUGAUUUUAAAGAUCGUACACUAUAUAAGGCUGAGUAACGAAAUCAAAGGUGUUACUUUAAUUCUGAUUGGUGUUGGAUUUUAUAUAAUUGGCAUUAGUGUCUGCAAAAUGAAUUGAGCUAUACUGUUCAUAGAGGUUUUAGCAACCUAGAUGCCAAAGUCAAGUACCAUAUUUAAAUGGCAAUGCAUAUCUAAAACUUGAAAAUGUGGAAAAUUGUGGCACAUCUUUUCUCACGUUCAAAGGGCCAAUCAAAAUGUAAACAUUCCUCUGGAUGUAGUUUCCAGCUUUGAGAGAGAGAUUACUAUGAUUGAUUCAUGAAAACGAGCUUCAAAUUUACAGAAUAAGUCAUUAUUUAAUGGAGAAACAUUAAAAUCAUAGCCAGCAUACCAACAUGUCAAAGAUCUGCAGAAGACAAGAAAAUUGCUACGGAAAGAAAGUUGGUCAUACUGAGCAGUUACAGUAGUUAAAUUAAAUAAAAAAAAUUUAACUCUGUAUUUUUUGGAUCACUUUUCUAGCUGCUUUGCCGUGUCAUAUUAUUACUAUGACCAAACUAAAUUUUGUUACGUUUAGGAGAAUGUUACAUCAAUUAUAAAUAAUAAUCCAAGAAAGCAGAGUUCUUAAAUAUUGCAAGGGAGCGUCCACCUCUCCAAAAUUGUUGUUUGUGCUUAGAAGCACAACAUAAAAACCUAUUAAUACUAGGUCAGUCGACCGCUGAGGUUUCACUUUCAACAGGCACAGUAAAAACCCCGCUGAGAUAAUUGAUCCCAGACAUUACAACAGAAACAAAUAUCAACAUUUACAGAAAAAUGUCUUAUUUCCCAAACUCUGUGCAAUUCGAGGUGCGAGUUUAGUCUUCUGGAAAAGUCUUGAAAUCUCAUUUUGGAUCAUUUCAGCUGUGAUCACUUUCUAUUCACAUUCUGCUUCUAUGUGGAACCCAGUCUAAAUUCAAUAUUUUUGUAAUAAAAUAUUGAAGAUAUUACUAUUACAUUGAUUACUUCAGUCAUAGCAAUUUGAUCUAAAUGAAUAAAAACACUCUUAAAUACACAAGGUUUAGCAUCAGCAUUCCUAAUAAACGUGUUCUUAUGAUCAAAAUACAAUUCUUCUUUGUGUCUGUUCCCAAACAGGAAACGCACAGUAAACCAUGGCACCAUCACACAUCUUGACAAUACUGUCUCUGCUUUUGCUUUCUGGAGUUCCGGUACUUUCUCAAGACUAUGAAACCAACGAUUUGGAUUACGACACGGCGGACUCUUCGCCUGAAGAUCCUCGACUUUCUAUACCGGAUUACGAUGGCCAAUUAAUGUAUUGGUAUGAAUGCGCCAGCGAGUGUUCCUGCCCCCCGUCCUAUCCUUUUGCCAUGUAUUGUGACUCCCGAAAACUCACGGCAGUUCCCAACAUCCCAGGACACAUCCGCCACUUGUACAUUCAGCAUAACGACAUAGAAGAGAUAACUUCGAAGUCUUUCAUCAACGCCACGUCCCUGAGGGAAAUCAACCUCAGCUACAACAAGCUCCAAUCAUCUAAGGUGGAUAAAGACGUCUUUAGUAUACUCAAAGAACUCAUUCAGUUACACCUUGAGCAUAAUAAUCUGGAAGACAUUCCUUCGCCUCUGCCGAAAACCCUUAAAAGGCUUCAUCUGGGCUUUAAUCAAAUUUCAAAGAUACCAGCUGACGCCACGCGCGAGCUUACCAAACUUACAGUGCUGGAUUUGUGCAGCAACAGACUAACAGAUGCGGGGAUUAAAGGAAAGAUCCUAUCUGACAUGAAGAGCCUCAUGCAAAUCAACAUGUGCAACAAUAAGCUCAAGUCCAUGCCAGCGGACCUUCCAGAAUCGAUCCAGCAGAUAUCGCUGGAAAACAACUCAAUCAGCUCCAUACCGCCAGGCUACUUUAAGAAGACCCCUAAUCUUCUGUCUCUUCGCAUGCAACACAAUAAACUCAAAUCUGUUGCAUACAAUGCCUUUAACCUGUCCAAACUAAUGGAGCUCCAUUUGGGCCAUAACCAGCUCUUCAAAUCCUUUUUCGUCCCCAGGACCUUGGAACAUCUUUAUCUGAAUCACAAUGACUUUAAAGAUCUGAAUAUCUCUCUGAUGUGUUCGUCACUGGAUCUUGGCAACCCUAACAUGCUGACCUACAUUCGUCUCGACAACAAUAAGCUGACAGGACCAGUGGACUACUACGCUUACAGAUGUUUCCCAAGGCUGGUAAUGAUCUUUUAUGGAAGCCAAAGGAAGGACGAUGAAGACGACUCUGAAACCAAAAAAUAUGAAAAACCCGACCGACCAAAAAGGCCUGGAGGCAACAAAGCUAUCAACUAGAUCGAUUAUACAGAUUUGGCAGAUAUAGUUCAACACACCAAACUAUUAAUUAAUCCAAAGUAUAAGACUGAGAGAUAAUAAAAAUACAUAUAUUAGUGGUUUUAAACAUUCUGUUUGAUUUUCUGCUUGCAUGGUUUUGCUUUAAUGCAUCUUAAUUAUCAUAAAACGUGUCCAAAAUUGAAUUGCUAUGUACGGAAAGUACAGAUUUUCUUUUUCUUUUCUUUUUUUGCACAAUGUCACUUUUCUCUCUGUGAAUACAAUAUAAAGCAUUUAUCUACACUAAGAACACUGCAUUGCAAUGCAUGUGAAUUCCUGCAAAAUUUAAUAAAUAGCAAAACUUUU